ACUACUCCAACCACAACUCACUCCAACCACAACUCACUCCAACCACAACUCAUUUCAGGGCACACAACGCCCAGCGACUGCACGGCGAGUGCACCGCCAUCUCACAUCACCCACGUGACGCAGCACACCAACCGCCGCCAUGUCCAAAAUCGACCGCAUGAUGAUCCAGGGCAUCCGCUCCUUCGGCCCCGAGAAGGGCGAGACCAUCGUCUUCACCUCGCCGCUCACCCUCAUCGUCGGCUGGAACGGAUCCGGCAAGACAGUGUGUAUGCCGCAUCCAUCACCGCCUCACUAACCCGCACAGACCAUCAUCGAGUCGCUGCGAUACGCCACAACCGGCGACAUGCCGCCCAACAGCAAGACAAAUGCCGCCUUCCUGCACGACCCCAAGCUGCGCAACGAGAAGGAGCUGCUGGCGCAGGUCAAGCUGUCCUUCCGCUCCACCUCGGGCGUGCGCAUGGUGGCCACGCGCAACAUGCAGGUCAUUGUCAAGAAGAACGCGCGCAGCCAGAAGACGCUGGAAGGCUCGCUGCUGAUGCUGAAAGACGGUGAGAAGCACUCCAUCUCGACGCGCAUGGCCGAGCUCGACACCAUGAUCCCCCAGUACCUCGGCGUGUCCAAGGCCAUCCUCGACAGCGUCAUCUUCUGCCACCAAGAAGACAGCCUGUGGCCGCUGGGCGAUGCCAAGACCCUCAAGACCAAGUUCGAUGAGAUCUUCGACGCCUUGCGAUACACAAAGGCCAUUGAGAACAUCAAGAUGAUCCGCAAACAGCGGAACGUCGAGCUGGGCCAGCUGACCAUUAUCGAGGCAAAUGCACGCGAGGACAAGGACCGUGCGGGGAAGAGCGAGAAGCGCCAGGCGGCGCUCUUCGACGAGAUCGAGGAGCUCCGUGCAGAAUACGAAAAAGUAGACGCAGAGUGCACAGAGGCGCAGCAGAAAGCCGGCGAGGCGUACAAGCACGCCUCAAGGUUUGAGCAGAUCGUGGCCCAGCUCAACGGCAAGCGCAUCACGUUCAAUGCCAACAAAGAGAGCGUAGACACGCUGCAAGACAGUCUGAAGCAGAUGGCCGAAUCCGACGACGAGCUGCAGGAAAUGCUAGACCAGUACGAGGAGCGGAUCGCGACGUACGCCACCCAGCAAGACGACUCGCGACAGCAGUACGGCGCGCUGAAGGACGAGAUGCAGCAGAGCCGCAACGCCCUCGGCGCGAAGCAGGGCGAGAUUGGCAAGUACGAAGCGCAGAAGGAGCAGCACGAUCGGCAGCUCCACCAGCGCGAGAACCUGAUCAAAGAGACGGCCAAGCGACACAGCAUCCGCGGGUAUGACUACGACAUUACUGACAAGCAUGUCUCCGACUUCCAGCAGGUGCUUGGCAAGAUGUCUCGGGACCAGAACAGGACGCUCGACCGCGUGCGCGAAGAGACGCAGCAGGAGCUGCAGGAGGCGCAGGCUAGUCUUAAUACACUGAACACACGCAAGUCGAACCUCAGUCAGAGCAAGGAGGCUGCUCGGACGGCGACGGCAGCCAACGACAGGCGCAUUUCUGACCUGCAACGGUCGAUGAACCAGAUCGAGGCCGACGAGGGUAGCGAGGCCGUCCUGCAGGACAAAAAGCGUGAGACUGAUGAGAAGCUGAACAAGGCCAACGCGGAGGCAGCGUCUAGCGGCUUCGAUGACCGGAUACAAGAAGCGUCACAGGCUGUGCGGAGCAUGGAGGACAAGAAAGAGCGGCUGACUGCUGAAUUGGGGGACGCCACCAAGCUGGCGCGGGAGUCGGCGUCUAUCGACUACACACGGAAUGAGUUACAGGCCCAGCAGCACAGCCUGGAGAAGCUGAAGAAGGUCCAUCACAAGCGCAUCUCGCAGCUUGUGGACUCGGACUGGGAUCCGUCGACGCUGGACGGCACGUUCCAGAGCGUGCUUUCAGAGAAGACGGGCAAAGUCAAGGAGGCGACAUCACGGCGCGAUAUUGCGCAGACGAAGCUGGACAACGUGAAUUUUCAAAUGUCAAGCCUGGAGUCGCAGCUGAAGAAGAAGCGGUCGGAGCUGCAGCAGUACGAGCAGACGGUCAAGGAAGCCAUUCAAAAGGACGACAUCCGCGACUUCGACGAGAUGCUGCAGCAGCUUGAGGACGACUACGACUCGACGUCCACAGACAAAGCCAAGUUUGAGGCGCAGAUCGAGUACAUGCGGCAGUGUCUGAUGACUGCCGAGCGGGAUAAUGCAUGUCGGCUCUGUCAGAGGGCGCUUCACGACGACAGAUCGCAGUCGUUCACCGCCGCCGGCUUCAUCGACAAACUGAAUAGGAUCAUUGAGAAAGCCGAGAUCAACAUGCAGGGUGAUAAUGUCGAAGAACUGCUGGCUGAGCUAGAAGCUGCCCGCAGCGCCAAACCGAGCUACGACCUGGCACUUCGUCUCCGCGAUAGCGAUCUCCCGGCGUUGCAGAAGGAGAUUGCCAAGUUGUCGACCGAGCGCGACAGCGCCAACAAGCAGCUGGAAGAGCAGGACGCCGUCAUCCACGACCUGGAGGCAGAGAAGCAGGACGUCGAGUCGCUCUCGCGAGAGGUCCAGAACAUUGUGCACAACUACAACGAGGUCAUCAAGCUCGAAGCGCAGGUCAAAGACUUGUCCCAGAAGCAGAAGACCGCCGGACUGUCGAGGGGUAUUGACGCGGUGCAGGCAGAUCUGAAGAAGGUGACCGACGAGAGCAGGAAUGCCAGGAACGCCCUGGACCAGCUCACAUCCGAGCGCGACAAGUUACGGAAUCUCAUCACGACGUUAGAGCUCAGAAGCCGUGAUAUUACUGCCGACCUGAACAGCGCGCAGUCGAAGCUGAAGGAGAAGCGUGCGCUGUCCGACCGAAUCGACGAGCUGAAGAGCGAGAACACAACACAGCGGGAGACUAUGCGCGGGUUCGACAACGACAUCCACAACCUCGUUCCUGAGAUCGAGCAGGCGCAGUAUAACUACGAUGACGUCAACCGCCGAGCCAACGAGAAGGUCCAGCGCGCACACGACGAAGCUUCUAAGCUGUCUGACAGCGUCCGCCAACUCACCCAGGCGGCGCAGGACAUCAACACGUACAUCGACCGUGGCGGCCCGCAACAGCUGGCACGCACACACCGCGAGAUUGAGAACCUGCAGGGCGAGCUGGCUCGUAUCGAGUCAGAAAUGAUGGACGUCACGCGCCGGGUGAAGAAGAUUGAGGAUACAAUGCGCGAUACAGAAAUGACGAAGCAGUCCAUCAAAGACAACCUGCGCUACCGCAAAGCCAAACGUGCCCUGGAGACUCUCCAAAUAGAGAUCGGACAGCUCGAAGAGCACGGCGCCGAGCGCGACAAAGACCACUACGAGCGCGAAGCCCAGCACUGGGACACGCGGUUCCACCAGCUCAACACGACCAAGACCUCUGUCGAGCGGGACAUGAAGAACAAAGACGACCAGCUCACCGAGCUGAUGGAAGAAUACAAGUCACUCUACGAACACGCCGCGCUCAACCACCGCGAAGCGCACAUCAAAGUCGAAACCAACCGCGCCGCCAUUGUCGACCUGGGCCGCUACGCCACGGCGCUCGACAAAGCCAUCAUCCAGUACCACGCCAUCAAAAUGGAGGAAAUCAACCGCAUCAUCGCCGAGCUCUGGCGCAACGCCUACCAGGGCACCGACGUCGACACGAUCCGCAUCGCCGGCGACACCGAGGCCAAGGGGAACCGCUCCUACAACUACCGCGUCGUCAUGUCCAAGCAAGACACCGAGAUGGACAUGCGCGGCCGCUGCUCCGCGGGGCAGAAAGUGCUCGCCUGCAUCGUCAUCCGGCUCGCGCUCGCCGAGUGCUUCGGCACCAACUGCGGCCUCAUCGCGCUCGACGAGCCCACGACCAAUCUCGACGCGCAGAAUAUCCAGGGCCUGGCGCAGAGUCUCGCGCAGAUUAUCAAGCAGCGCCGGAGUCAGAGCAAUUUCCAGCUCCUCGUGAUUACCCACGACGAGCAGUUUCUCAGGGAGAUGGGGUGUGCGGAUUAUACGGAUGUGUAUUGGAGGGUCGGCAGGGAUGCAGGGCAGGAGAGCUUUAUUGAGAGGCAGAAUAUCUCGGAGGUUUCGUAGGGUGUGGUGUUCAUGCAAGAUGUUGUCUGACAUCGGGAGUUGGGGGGUUAGUCCAGGAGACUUGAUACAGCGGGUUCACUAUUGGGGAAGGUGCGUCCUGACACCAUUCGGCAGACAGCAGUUGCGUAGGUACUAGUGUGUUUACCACCCGGGUAUAGGAUCCCUUGUGCAUUGUAAUUCAACCAGCCUGUACUACAACAUCAUGGGCGGGACUCAAUGUUCGCUCUGGACGCAACGCGGUGAGGUUGAGAAACCAGCGCCGCCAUGACGUCUGGGCCCGCUAUCUCGACCCGCAGUAGCUCCCACUGAUCGCCAGGGCACACUGCAC